AUGGAGGGAGAGUCACGCACGACGCAGAAUCUCAUAGACCGGAAGGAGCGCAUGGUUGCUGAGCUCUUGACGCGAUUCAAGAACCUCAUCAGCCUCGCGGGCUCCCCAGUAGAAAAGAAUGCUACUAAAGAGGUCGCCGCCGCCCAGGCGUUUCAAAUGGAGGUAGAGACUACGGCUCUAGUGCGUGCAACUGAGGAUCUCCAUGUGUUGACGCGCGAACUUAAGGAGCUAUGGUUAUUUGGGCCCCUGCGAAAGAUCGGAGAGGGUGAAGGUGAGGGCAGCAUUGAUCAGGACUCAGUAAGGGUGGGCGAGCUACUUGAGGAAUUAAUUGAGAAGAAAAAUCCGGCGAAAACCACUUCCCAACCCGUGGCGGAAUAA